AUGUCAAGUUUGAAUACAGGAAAUAGAAAAAAACUAAACGAUCCACAGAACUCACUUGGAAAAUGUCUUCAUUUUUUUCAUAAAGAAAACACGAAUAUUAAAAAAGAAGAGAAAAAAAUAAACGUUGGAGAAGGUAACUUUGCGUGCUACAUAAAAGUUAACUUCUUGUUCUCCUUUCUUUAUUACAUAUGACUGUGAAAUGUAUUCACAUUUAGUUUGUUUUUCAUUUAUUAAAGAUGAAAUAAUAAAGUACGUUGAUUUUAUUUUAAUAUCAUUAUCUAAGUAUACACUUGAAUAGGAAACAUUGUUGAAUAGUGUCAAUUAACAAUGAUUGUUUUAGAACACACACACAUACAUGCACAAAGAAGGGAUUGUUUACAUAUAUACAAGAAGUAUUCGAAUAUUUUAUUGUUUCAAUUCAUAGUUUCUUUUCUCUUUUAUCUGCGUGUAUACACUUAAUAUUACUAAUUGUCUUUUAAUUACUAUUUCACAUCUAGUAUGGAAUUGGAAUACACGUUUACAAAUGAUUAAUUCAUUUAGGAUACCAUUUUCAAUAUUGAUUGUUUCAUAUCGAAUGAAAACAAUCCUUUUAUAUUAUAAAUAUAAAUAUAUUAUACUACAUUAUUAACUAUACAUUUACUCUGUUAUAAUAAUCUAUAAAACAUUGAUAGUGAAAGCUUUUAAGGACCACCAGAAACUAUACAUAGAAUGAUUUGUUUAUGUUUUGUUUUUGUUAAAGCAACUAUAAUCAUUGAUCUUUUAAUUGAGAUAAUGAUUUAAAUGAAUCACAUGGUAGUGUAGUGUUUGGCAGUUAAUUUGCAAGUUUUAUGGUUGCAAACGUAGACUUUAGAACAGCAUGAGCGAGAAAAGAAAAUCUGAAAUAAAGGAACAAGAGUAAUAAUCAGUUAAUGACUCAAUAACAAAAAAGAAUUCAUG